AUGGCUUCGCGAUCAUUCAUGCCUCUGCGGAGGUCCUUCGCUCAGCUCUCGCCCCGAACUAGUCGCAUAGCUGGUCGCAAUGCGGGCAGCUCGGUUCGCGGAUAUGCUACUGAGAACUCGUCGCGUCCGAAGCAGCAAUUCACCGUGUGGCGGCCUUACCUGCGUCUUGCAGUUGGUGUGCCGUUCAUCGGGAUGAUCAUUUACUCUAUGGCCACCGGCGAAGUCACAGACCUCGACGCCCCCUCCAUCGCCGAGCUAGACGCAGCCCUGAAACAAUCCUCCGAAAUCACCGAGUCCUCCCCCAUGCGCCUGCGAAUGGAAAAGCUCAUCAAACACCAACAGCAAAAGAUUAUCGCCGAACUGGCCAGGAUAGACGGCAAGGAAUUCAAGCAAGAUACCUGGACGCGGCCCAAUGGCGGCGGCGGCAUUUCAUGUGUCCUGCAAGACGGAAAUGUCUUCGAAAAGGCCGGCGUUAACGUCUCCGUCGUAUACGGUGAACUACCACGACCGGCGAUCGAAAAGAUGCGCGCUGAUCAUAAAUCGUUCGUUGGUUCGGACGUUGAUUCUUUGAGUUUCUUUGCGGCGGGUCUGUCGCUCGUCUUGCACCCGCAUAACCCCAUGGCUCCGACGGUGCAUUUGAAUUACCGGUACUUCGAGACCUCGGAUCCAAAGGAUCCUAUCAAUGGUGAUAAGAAUUGGUGGUUUGGUGGUGGUACGGAUUUGACACCUUCGUACCUUUUCCCCGAGGAUGCGCAGCAUUUCCACAAGACUAUCAAAGAUGCCUGUGAUCGCCAUGAUCCGACUUAUUACCCCAAGUUCAAGGCAUGGUGCGACAAGUACUUCUACCUCCCUCAUCGCGGUGAAUGCCGCGGCGUCGGCGGAAUCUUCUUCGACGAUCUAGAUGCAAACUUCCUCCAAACAUCGGCCGGUUCUUCGUCCAACCCGCAGGAAACACUGUUCUCCUUUGUGUCGGACGGUCUAGCCUCUUUCCUCCCUUCUUACGUGCCCAUCAUCGAAAAGCGCAAGGAUAUGUCCUACACCCCCGAGCAAAAGCAGUGGCAACAGUUGCGCCGUGGUCGUUACGUCGAGUUUAACCUCGUCUAUGAUCGAGGUACUAGCUUCGGUCUGCGAACUCCUAAUGCUCGGGUUGAGAGUAUUUUGAUGAGUUUGCCCCGCACCGCGAGCUGGGCGUAUAUGGAUCCUGUCUCGGGUACUAGGACUGAGAGUAUGCCCGUUGAUGAGGAGGAUCUUGGUGAGGAUAAGACUAGUGAGAAGGAGAUUAUGGAUGUGCUGAAGCACCCGAGACAGUGGGCUUGA